UUGGGCGACGGCUGCGAAAUGAGCUGUUCCCUCCGACGUGAUUCGCUGUGAGAAAACACCUGUGUGGCGCCGUGGGAAGUGAUUUUGUAUUUAUUGCGGCAACCGACAUGAGAUGACCGCCUUCAGUGCUCUGUAAACACCGCCCCGACGUUCCCAGAUCCAGAAUGUUACAGGGGUUCAGCAAAGCAGGGUUCACGGAUGGUGGAAUGUUCCGGAAGCGCCUCGAAAAGGUGAUUCUCGUGGUGUGUUUGUCAGUUACCACCGCUGUGCUCGUUUACUGGAGGGUCCACAACCAAGAGCUCGCGACCAUCAUCAUUGAACCGGCAUCCGAGGACCCCUUCUUGAGUCUCCCCUCCAACAUGAAAGAAAACGGGGCCUGGGUGGACAGCCCUCCUCGGGGUGUUGUGUUGUGGAGUCAACCUUUGGCAGGGUCCCUGGCCGUUGGGAAUCUGUUGAUGUCUUGUCUGGAGGAUUCUCUGGUCAGCAUGGCGCAUGAAGCGUGUCAGCAUAUUGACCCAAUCAGAUUAAAGUUAGCACUGGGCAAUUAG